AUGCUUCAGGAUUUCGGGGCGGCUCUCGCCGAGCAGGGGAACGGCGAGGCAGCGCGCACCGAGUCGGACGGGCUCAGCCUGGCCCGCACGCAGAGCUCCUCGGGAGAGUUGCUCGACCUCGGCGACGACCACGGCGCCAGCGCUCACACGGAGAGCUGGGGCGCUUCCGCGUUGCCGAGGGACGGCGAAGCGCCGGCCCUCUUCCAGACGGCGCGCCCCGAGAUGGUCCUCCUCGGGGGCGGGCGCCCCCAGGGUGGGCCUGCCGUGCUGCGUCGCCUCCCGUCCGCGGCGUUCUGGGAGCAGAGGGCCGCAGCCGCCGCCCGGCGGCCGGGCUGCUCGCCGUGGGAGCUGGGCCCGAGGAAGCGCGGUCCGUGCCACGACGAGGAGGCCUAG